UCUUAGAGUAUGGCCUGAAAGUUUUAUACAAAUUGUGCAGUUGUAUAUAGAGACCAAGGGGGCGUAUACGGUGUACCCUUUGCCCUCGUCAUAAAAAAAACUCUCUUCGAGUGGGUUUAUCUCCUGUCUAUCGAUCCAAACACACUACAUGUAGCUGGGUAUAGUCUUGGACCUUGGGCUGACGGUGAUUUGCAAAUAAAACACUCCUACGUGCAAACAAAACCUCGCAAACUUAGAUCCCGUGAUAUAUAAUGGGCUUUUACUAUCAGUGAUUCAGCAAUUCAGUACAGAUCUUGCGUUCAUUGUGUGAUGUUUACCGUUUUUUCGUUUUCAAUAUCUACGUUCUGUGCAUGGGAUUUGUCUUAAAUAGUUUGCUUCGCCAUGGCUAACAUGAAGGUGUGGACCAUACUAUUGGUUUGGAUCUCCUUCCACGGGAACUCCGAAAGUCAAACUGAUAUGACGGUUACCAUGACGACGGAGAUGAUGGGCACAGCACCCAUGACCUUCAGGACCCUACCUCCUCCUCCCCCGCCAUCAAUCCCACCACCUCCACCUACCACAGUUGAACCUACACCCGAGCCACCAGUUACAACGAGAAUCCCUCCGCCACCACCCUCCUCCGUCCCCACCACCACCUCCUCCACCAUCAGCCACCGUACCAACAACACCAACCAGGACAUCAACCAGGAUGUUAACCACCACUGUGGCCAUCGAACCUACUCAGAUGCCGAUCGAAACCACUCGCCAGAGAACGGAACCCAUCAAUGUAGAACGAAUCCUGUCGCUGAAUCGCUUGGAAAGAUUGGUGUCUUGCUCACCAGUCCUCUAGAAGAGUUUGAUCGAGAGGAAUUCAAGAAGGUGAUAUCCCGGGAGGUCAACAACUACUGCUCCGAAUUCACAGGGCAAUGUGCAGGAGAAGGAAACACUGUAAGUGCCAAAAACGUGGUGAUUAUAAGGGCGGAACUCUACGAGCAACCUGAGGCGAAUGGGGCCGGACGUAGACUACUUCAGGAACAGCAAAUCUUGGUAGAAUACUACGUGCAGGAUCCAUUUUUGUCUACGAACGUGUUUCUUACAACGGAACAACAACGAAUGUUCCUUGCUAAUGAGGGAGUGAACGACGCCCUGCAGAACGACAUCGAUGGUUACAGUGGCAUUGCACCUGUGUACGCUGAACCUUUGGGUAAUGAUGGACUGGAAGGUUGGGAGAUAGCUCUCAUCGUUAUAGGCUCAGUGGCUGCUGCUGGACUGGUGAUUGGAGCCGUAGCUUUCCGUAUGUCUAAAAACAAAGAAAAGAGCAAGCAUAUGGAUCUGGAACUGCAGGACAAGAAAACUAUACCGCAAACGGAACAUAAUGGAAAUGACUAUUCUACAGUCGUAGCAACCGGUUUGGACACACCAAAGACGAAACCUUCCGUGGAUGAAGCGGAUGUUGCUACACAG